AUGGAGACUCCCGCUGCUGCUGCUGCUGCUGCUGCUGCUCCCUCUCUCCCCACCCCGGCUGAGUUCGAGGCCGUUGUUGCUGCGCUGCAGAGCACAGACAGCAGCAGCAGGCAGCAAGCGCAGCAGCUGCUGCAGCGGCUGCAGCAGCAGCAAGAAGACUGCACUGAGUUUUGUCUCUCUAUAGUUAAAACAACAGCAGAUCCUGCUGCUGCUACUGUUGCUGCUGUCUUGCUGCGGAGCGCAGCACUGUGGCAUUGGAAUGCACGCAUAGCAGCAGCAGCAGCAGCAAAGAAGCGUCUUGCUGCUGCACCAGCAGGCGAAGCAACAGCAGCAGCAGCUCAAGCUGCUGCUGCUGCUGCUGAGGCCCUGCAGCUGUAUGUACAGCGCAUGCAGCAGCUGACGACGAACAUUGUGCUGCUGCUGCAGCAAAAGGCAGCAGCAGGCAUAAAGGCGGGGAGCGCCAGCUGUCGCAUGCAUUCUGCUGCUUAG